ACAUUAUGUCAUGAUGUUAUUGAAUAAAAUAUUCUAUUAUCUGCGGCAUUAGUACUGAUCUUGGAAGAAGGUGAAACUCUCGCACUCAGUAGCGAAAACAAACUCGUGGCAGCAUGAUGAAACUGAGUGCAAUCUUUAUUUUCCUGAUAGUCAAAACGAUAACGGAUUCAACGGCAUUAAACCUCGCUUGCUCGGAGGAUUUCGAGGAACGACCCGAAAAUCGGCUACUGCACGAGGGAUGCAUCAUCCGUGAUUUGUCGAUAGCGGACAGCUCUGCACUGGAAGAUGUAAUCUUCCCAAGUGAAUCCACCAUCAUUUUGUACAAACCAGAAAUAGCUGCCAACGUUUCCCGAGAGCUGCAGAACCGACUCGAAAACACCGCGAAGGAUCUCAUCGUAUUCGGAGGUCACGUCCCAGAGCUGCAGAUUUGGCCUGGCUUGGAGAAACUAGUGCUUUUCGGCAGCCAAACUCGUGGUGUCGCUAUCGACCAAAAUGUCGAUCAGUACAACCUCCGAGUGUUCAACGCGUGGAACUGCUCCUUCGACGCGACUCCCGCCAAUAUCAACCAAUUAACCGAACUCAUUUCCUUUGAGAUGUAUGGCUGCAACAUUGAAUCCGUUGAUUUGGGCCAGUUCGAUGGCUUGUCUCAACUGAUACACAUUGGAUUAGUUCGACAGAAGAUAGCAGAGGUGGUGGUCACUAAGUCAGUGUCUCUGGCGAAUCUAACGUCGCUAUCUUUGAACGAUAACAACCUCAGGGCAGUCGACACGCGUCUUUGGCGAAUGCCGAAUUUAAAGCGACUCAGUUUGACCACCAAUAAGCUCAGAUUCAUUAUUGGUUUGGAACGGUUUGAAGAGCUACAAAUGCUGGAGCUAUACAACAACCGACUGAACUGUGACUGGAUAAAGUACGCGAACGAAUCGCUGAAGAAAGAAAGAAUUCCGGCCGAAAUGUUGCAACCUUGUCCCUCUACCGACAAUGUGGAACAGCAGGAGUUUUGCUGCGUUGGCGAUAGAACUGAUCCAGCAUUUCAAGAAUAUCUACUUGCUACUGAGACAGAUGCACCACCUGCCACCGUACAAUAAAGGAAAAAUUUGGUGACGGUAAUCCUCCCGGCAGGAAACAUAUCCGACACAAACCCCGCCAAUUUGUGGCAUUAUAGACCACGUGUAUCUCUCCCUAUCCGAAAAAGAAAAUAUGAACCUCAAAACCAUGUAAUUAGGACAGUCAGGUUAAACGGCUAAUAGCCCUCACACAAGCCUUCAUUCGAGGGGUGUGAAACAUGAAUUAUGAAUUGUAUUGUGAGUUAUGAAUACAAAUGCUUGAGUCUCUGUUCCUUC